UGUGGGGGACGCGAACCUUCAGCUUCCUUUGGAACGGCAAUGACGCCCCUCAGGGCUCCCUCGGGAAGGGCCUUUGAAGUACAUCCUUCCUUCUUCCAGAACAUGCAAUUCCUAGCAGCUCCUUCGAGAGGACACUGGAACCUCCCGAGCUCCUCUGACCUCUGGGGAAUGGGCAGGCUGAAGGGAAGAGGAUGAGGAGGAAGUCUGGCCCAUCAAGGCUGGCCAGGAGCUGCAGACACAGUGUCUGGGCUUGUGUCCAGCUGUGUCUGCACCCCAGUACUGUCGGUACCAGAGCCCUGGAGCAUCCUCUGUCAGACCCGUUGGCUGUCUGGGGUGCUUAGGAAGGCACUUCUGGCUUCCCUCACCCAGGGGUUUCUGAGGAUGUGGAGAGGGGGGGGAUUACUGCAGGUGCAAGAGACUGGGUUUGGGCUUGGUGUCUGCACAUGUUCAGUUGGCAGGUGAGGUGAAGAGCUGCAUUUUGGUUGUACCUGUGGCUUUUCAGUGCCAUGAGAACAGGCUGGGAUGCUGCAGUUCCAGCUCCAGGUGGGAAAUUUCCCACCUUUCCCUGCUAUGCAUUUCCAGUAGAACUUUUCCUCCAGUAGCAGUAGAUAAGGUUUUGCUUAAGUUGAAAAAGGCCUUUUGGUGCACUUGAGGUGAGCUGGGACCUCAGCCAGGUGUAGAUUGCAGACUGCUUUGAGUGCUGCCCAUAAGGUGAGUUGGAAACCUCAUGGAUUUGUUUCUCUUUCUUCACAGAGCCUUCAGCUACGCCUGAGGCCUCUGUGCCAUGGAGGAGUCAAGGUUACACAUGGAUCUUGAUUGUUGCAGGGCUCCUGAUUAUCCUGGUAGUGGCAAGUUCUGUUGCUGCGUGGGGUCUGUCCAGAGCAAAACGCAGAUCUGACACCUGCAGUCUAGAAAAAGCCUCCAGGGAGCAGCUGAUGCCUGGCAAGGGCCAGAAAGGCUCCUUGCCCUGAAGGGGAUCCUUAUCCCAAGGUGAUAAGGUGAGACUAGCCUGGUCUGUCCCCUGCUCACCACAGAGCCUGACUGAAUUGGACAUCAGCUCUCAAAUCUGGCUUGUUACACUGGAAUACCAAGAGGAUACUCCCUUUAUGAGUGGUUCUUAGACUGUAGGACUGCCUUGGCUCCAGAAAUAGCACAGGACCUUCCCUGGCACUGUCCAUCAGCCCCCCCAAAGGUGUCAGAAAUGCCUUCACUGUUCUGCAUGACAGUUGUUACUGCUGAUGCCCACCACUGUGGCCUUGGACUCAAAGAUGUUUUUCUCCUUGAAAUGCCACAUGCUCUUCAACUGUCUCCUUCCACUUCCAGCCAAGAGCCUUUUGUCAUCCGUCCCAUUCUUCCCCCUGGAUUUUGUCAGAGAACAGGAACUUUCUCACCUAUUUCCAAAGGCACUCACUGGCUGCACAGGUCAGACAAAUACUCCAUGUUUGCACUACUGUUUGAUGCUGCUCAGUCCCCUGCACGAGAGGCUUUUCCUGACAGUGCCACCGUGGGGGUGACAGUUGCUCUGGCCUUGCUGUGCUCUCACCUGAGCCCAUGUCGGGCAAGGCGCUCCUGGGCCCUGGGCUGGCAGCUCCUUUCACACUCCCUUCUUCCACAUUUUCAUGCUUGGCAGACCCGCUCUGCCCACCCCAGUGCUGAGUGCUGCAUGGGGCUUCUCUUAACACUCUUAAUGGCAUCUCCUUAGAAGUGUUCUGACAUGAGUGGUGUCCCUCAGGGUCCGUACUGGGACCAGUGCCAUUCCGGGUUUUCAUCAGCACGUAGAGUGAGAUCAGGUGGACCCUCUCUCAGAGGAGAUCCCAGUGUGAGGAUGAGACCAGGCUGAGGAGUGAGCUGGGGAGGGGGAUGUCAUCUGGAGGGACCUUCAGGCCCACAGGAACCUCAUGAAGUUUGAUGCGUUUGCACUUUUGUUAGGGCAAACCCUGGACAAGAGAUGGCUCCGGGGAGCUUUGUUGUGUCUUGUCCAUGUCUAAAGGGGGGAUUGUAAGAAAGAUGGAGAGAGGCUUUUCACCAAGGCCUGUAAGGACCAGGGGCAGCAGGUACAAACUGACAGAGGCCUAGGUAGGACACAAAGGAGGGUUUUAUGGCGAUGCCCUGGCUCAGGUUGCCCAGAGCAGCUGCGACUGCCUCAUCCCUGGGACCAAGCUGGACAGGGCUCUGAGCAUCUUGGUCUAGUGGAGGUGUCCCUGGAAGUAAGCCAUGUCCUUGGCCAGGGCUCCACGUGCCACUCACACAGUGUCUGACCCAAGGACUGAUGCUGUGUAUCUCAGAACUGACUGUGCAGGGGCAGAUUAGUGCCCAGUGCCUCUGGUUCAGCAUUGGCCACGUGUACCUUGCACAAGUGAUCACUGAGAGCGCCAAGCUGCUGCCUUGACUGCUGACCUCUGUGCCUUGAAGGUGGGAGCUUGGCUUGCCAAGCAGACACCAGUCACCAGCCUUGGAGUAGGAGUCUUCCGCUCCUGGAUAGUGUGAGUGCUGCCAUACCCCAGGGGAGUAACUUCUAUAUGUGGUGUGGAGUCCUGAGUUAUUCCAGGGCUGCUAUUUUUAGUACCAAGGAGUCAUUUGCAAGGGCACACACAACCUUCUGUUUCCAGGGACAGACAGAGAUAGCUGUGGUGACUGACAGAGGAGAAUAAAGAAUGUAAAAUUAACAGUUUCUGGAGUUUUUAUUUUUCCUGGAUAUUGGGCAUUUGCAUGGAUUCUGUAUUUGGGAGGCCGGGGGCUGUAUGACCUUUGGAUCGUCACAUCGUGGGAAAGAGGGCUUGGGGUGGGUGGGCUGGCAUGGGGUGCAGUGAGGAGGCCAUUGCUGCUGUGCCUGCCUGGGACAGAUGUGACUCCAGCAAACACCAGCUGUAGCAGAGAAAAUGAAAUACAGGAACAAAGCAAACAGAGAGGGUGGGGACAGAAAGAACAGAUGCCACAGAGGCACCUCUGCUGCUACUGCUGAACUGUGGACAAGCAGGGAGCUCAGCCAAAAACAAGGUGAAAAAAGUGCCUGAACUUGUCCCUUCUUUGCCAGAUCAGAACACGAAGUGGGAGCACUGCAGGGCAGGAAGGGCUCCAGGAGUCCUGGCAGGACUGGGCUGAGCUGGGGCCAGUUGAAGCGCUGGUGCUGGCAGGGCCAUGUGGCCAAGGUCAGCUGUCACCAGCCGGUCCCAGAUCGUGCUCUGAGCUGCAGUGCCGAGCCCAGCCCGGCUGCUCUGUGGUACAAGGCAGAGUGUUCCUCCCUGCCAUGGGGACUGAGGCCCUGGGGCAAACUCACAAGACAUUGCAGGUCUUACUUUCUGCUCGCUGAGAUGAGUGCUUCAGGGGUGAAAGAAAAACAUUUUAUGGAUUUGUGCCAAAACUCGGGGCUGUGUUUCUGACAGCAAUUUCCCUUCCUCUGUCCGGUGCUGGAAUUGUUUUUGUUGUUCUAAUCCCCAGGCUCAGAGACUUCAAUUGUAGUGGAGCCCAAGCUGCUUUUCAGGCCAGGAGCAUCUUUGUGCUCCAUGUCUCUGUAUUUAAUUAGACCAGUUCAUGGAGAUCAGUGUGAUGUUUUACAUGUUGAAGUAGGGUCAUGUUUCAGGAUAAGGCCUCAAAGAUCAGCCUGCUGAAUUUUGGUUCCCCUUUUACUUGCAAAUCCAAAGGAUUAUUUCCUCCCUUUCAGUUCCAAUACUUCAGAGGAACUUUUACUGCCUACUUGCAUUUCCAGUGUCCUGUUCCCUGUUCCUGUCCCUGCCUGGGUGAGUCGUGCAGCUGAAGGCUGAUGUGAUGGCACAAGGCAGAGACACAGCAGCAGCUUGUCCCUCAGGGAAUCUUCUCGGACACUGUGGAGGUGGAAGUGGUGCCUUCACCUCAUCCCCUCUAAAUCUGCACUGUGGGACUUGAGGGAUGAGCUGAGAGGUCAUGACCAUCUCCCUUUCCUGGCUGUGACAGCUGACAGCCGGGGCAGCUGCAUUAGCCUUUAACGAAGGGCUGGUGCCAAGAGCAGCAUCUGGUGUGGGGACACAAAGCCAGUACAAAUCCUGCAUGUCUGCACCUUCCUGUCCCAUCAACAGGGGGUAAAUUGAGGCAAGUUUGUGCUGUUUCCAGUUUGCUGUCAUGGAUGUCCUUCCAGGACACAGCAUCCAGCAAAUGCAAGCAGCUAACAAGAACAGAAUAAGGGAAAAGAGAAGUGCAGUGCUAGAAAUAGUUCCUUACAUAAAGCACUAGUGCCUCAAUCUCAUUAGUGUCUUAAGGAGCGGGCGCUUGGCCGCCUCCGAGUGCUCCGAUGCAAACCCCAAUCAGAUCAGCAAUCGGCUUUGGGACCCCGGCAGGUGCCACGUGGCACUGGGACACAGCUGUGCCCCUCUCGCUGCCCCAAGCCUGCAGCACCGUCCCAGUCAGCGUGUGGCCAUGGGAGCGUUCCCAUGAAGGCAGAGCUGCUGUCCUGUGGCCGGGAGCAGGAGUCACCGCUGCGGGAGGCCGGGCACCAUGAGGCAGCAGCGCGCCCGGCGCGCGAGUCUCGCGGCCAGCCUCAAGAUCGGGGACCACCGGGGCCGCUGCCGGAGCCCGGAGGAAGAGGAAUCCUACAUUCCAUUUGCACAGGAUAGCCUGGUAAGGCAAUGGAACUCCAUGCAGAAUGUGGCAGAUGGUAGUCAGGAGAAGAGCCAGACUCCCAUUCAAAGGAACAAGUAUCUGCUCAACAUUAAUGUGGGUGGCAAAUUGUUCCAGAUAGCUUACAAGGUACUUGCCCAAUACCCCAUCACCCGGCUUGGGAAGCUGGCGCUCUAUACAGACCCCGUGAAGAAGCUGCAGCUCUGUGAUGAUUACUUGGUGCAGAAAAAUGAGUACUUCUUUGAUAGAGAUCCUUCAAUUUUCCACUACAUCUUCCACUUCUACCGCAGUGGGGUCCUGUGGGUGAUGGAUGAGAUGUGCCCCAGUAACUUUGUGGAGGAAAUCGAGUACUGGGGAAUCCAUUUGAAAUACUCCCAACGCUGCUGCCGGAUCCUGUUAGAGGAAAAGCGAGAUGAACUCAGUGAGUACCUGAAAAUAGAGAAGGAACUGGAGGCAGAACUGGAGCCCCUGGAGUCAGGGACGCAGUUUGAUGGCAAGUUUCUGGGUCGGUUUCGGAAGAUGGUCUGGAACCUCAUUGAGAACCCGUACUCUUCUGUCCCAGCCAAGAUCAUUGCUGUCAUGUCGAGCUUCUUUGUGCUUAUCUCCAUUGUGGGCAUGACUCUGAGCACAGUGGAGGAGAUGAAAAACAAGACAGGGAAAAUGUGGAUGGAGCAGAUGGAGAUGAUCUGUGCCAUCUUCUUCACCUCUGAAUAUCUCAUGAGGCUCAUAUCCUCCUCCAGCUUCAAGAACUUUCUGCGGGCAGCAUUUAAUGCUAUAGACCUGGUGGCCAUCCUGCCCUUCUACAUCCAGAUCCUCUUUGAAAAUCUGGAUGAUGGAGAAAUGCAAUACCAUGAGGAGCUGCACAAGGUGGAGAAUGUGAGCAAGCUGGGCAAAGUCCUCAAGCUCAUCAAGCUCAUGAGGAUCUUCCGCAUCCUCAAGCUGGCACGUCACUCCACUGGCCUCCGGGCCUUCAGCUUCACCAUGCGCCAGUGCUACCAGCAGGUCUGCUGCCUCCUCCUCUUCAUUGCCAUGGGGGUCUUCACCUUCUCUGCUCUCAUCCACUCGGUGGAACAUGAUGUCCCUGGCACUGACUUCACCAGCAUCCCCUGCGCGUGGUGGUGGGCAGCGGUCAGCCUCUCCACUGUGGGCUACGGAGACACUGUGCCUGACACAAUUCUCGGCAGGAUGGUGGCAUUCAUCUGCAUCUCCUUUGGCAUCAUCCUCAACGGAAUGCCCAUCUCCAUCCUCUACAACAAAUUUUCUGACUACUAUGCCAAGCUGAAGGCCCAUGAGAUGAGCCAGUCACUUCAGCUUUCCAGGAGGAUCCAACUGAAGCAGCGAGUCCUGCGCAAGUUCUCAGAGUGCUGGAGAGCCGACCCCCGCUAUUACCGCUGAGCACAGGCCCCCACCCCAGACAUCCCCUGUCCUGGCCAUCCUCCCUGUAGCUCCUGUCCCCCAGGGAGGCCCCAAGCUGGGGCUCUGCUGCUGCACAGGGGCUGCUCCCAGCUGGGACCUCUCUCACUGCUGCUGCUGGACAAUGCUGUCCUGCAGAGCGGUCAGUCAGGGCUGUUUGUCUGCCCUGGGCUGAGGCAAGGGCACCCUGACAUCACGGGGAGUGAGGAUGGGACUAAAGUGUCACCUGUGUGAGGCAGGUAGCCCAGUGUGACUCAUGUGCAGGUGCUGCUCCAUUCCCUGCUGAGUGGGACACACACAGGCUCCCCCUGCCCAGGGCCCCGGGACUCCCUCCCAGCCAAGAAGCCCAGGCCUGGUCCAGUGUGGACAUUUGAGUGAAAGCCCAGAGGAAAGGCUUGCAGCCAUGCAUCCUUCCAGCCAAAUCUGCUCUUCUUCCCACUGCCCUGGAGUUUGAUUCCUGACUUGGGAUGCUGCUGUGAUGGGACCCACAGGCACUAUAGGCACACAGAGCUUGUAGCCAGAGCACCCCCACGAACAGGAUUUAAUAAACCAGGCCCAAACCUUCAUUG